AUGCUAUCCCGGCAUCGCCGUCGACCCUCUCACGCCCCGUCCACACUGAACAACCGCCCCAUAUGGCCGUUGGUGCUGCUCCUCGUGCUGGUCCACCUCUCGGCCGUCUUGUAUACGCUGCCUCUGAACCGCGUCGUUGAGCUGCGCCUCUGCCAAGAGCAUUACAAGGUGCACGAUCCGGCUGCUGUGCUGCCAGACGGCUCCGUACCAGAGCGGCUGUGUAAGAUCGAUCCUGUCCAGCGUCGUCUGGCCUGGCUGCAAGGUACCAUGGAAACGACGCUUGUUGCUUGUGACUUCAUCGUAACCAUACCCUUUGGCUUUGUCGCCGAGCGGUGGGGCGUAAAGGUUGUCUUGUGGUGUAAUUUACUGCCCAGGAUCUUCAUGAGUGCUUGGGCCAUGGCUGUGGGCUACUUUGCGACUAUUCUGCCGACAAAGGCUAUCAUUGCCGGUCCAUUCCUGAAUGUCCUGGGAGGCGAGUGUGUACUGCAGUCAACCAUAUACACGCUUACUUCGGCCCUGACGACCGAAUAUGUGCAGAGAGCAUCCUACUUUUCGUAUAUCAGCUCGACAUCAUAUGUCGUUUCCUUCUUGGGGCCGACGUUGGCUUCGUAUACCAUGAGCAGGAGCUUUUGGUUGCCCUUUUGGAUUAACUUGGCUCUUCUACUCUGCGCGAUACCCACGGUUGGGUUGCUUCCCGCGACCUCGAAACCCCCUGCUGCACAUGCCGUACCACAGGGUAUUCCGCAGGCGACAGACGAGGAAUCGGGUCCAUUGCUCGGAAGCACAAGUGCCAGCUCAGAUAGACAUGCCAAUGACCUGGACACGCACCUUGGUAUCUUCCAGAGAAUUGCGCAUGCUAUCCGUCGAAUGAGGCGUUUGAUUACUGGUCGCAGAAAGUUCCAGGUCUUGCUGUGUUCCUUCUUUCUCACUGCACUCGCGAGCUCAGAUACAAAGCUCCUGGUGCAAUACAUCUCCAAGAGAUAUGAAUGGACUUUUGCUCAGGCUGGCUACAUGCUCUCUGCCAAGGCCUUGGUGAAUUUCACUCUGCUUGCCAUCGUCGUGCCCCGUAUCAUUCGUACCUCGAUGGAAACGAGCACUGUCCGCGGCUCAGAAGUACGCCUCAACAUCUUUGGGGCGGAAAUCUGCAUCGCUAUUUCUGUCGUUGGCGUACUGUGUGUGGCAAUGGCUUCAAGGUUUUGGAUGUUGCUUGCUGCUCUGAUCCUGUAUGCCCUUGGCUCAGCUCUACCCGUAUUCACCAUGUCGUUGGUCAAGUCGCCUCUUAUCGCGCUGGCGCACUCGGAUGUCCAGGACUUCAGCAUAGUCAUGCUAACCAAGACGCUUGGAUCUUUGGUCGGUGCUCCUCUGAUGGCUUUUCUGUGGGUGCAGGCUAUCAAACUAGGAGGUAUUGGUGUUGGUCUGCCGUAUUAUGUCUCAGCGUGUAUCUAUCUCGGUGCAGCAUAUGUCAUCGCAAGCUUGCGAAAGUAGAAGACUAUUUCUUAACAAUAGAAGAAUACAAACAGAAGUCUAUCCCAUCCUCUCAGCUUGUGUAGUCAAACAGGAAUGAGAACAGCACAGCUCGCAAUCAUGUAUGCGCUUACACCAAACGCGCCCUGUAUGUCGUACUUGAAUCUUGACCACAGGAUGCCAAAGAUUAGACUAGCAAUGAU